UGGUACUUUUUCUUUUUUCGAUGUGUACGUGACCGAGAACAGUAUGUGCGUGCAUGCAUAAUGGACUGGGUGGGGAAAAUUCCAGAAAGGCAGACCUUAUCAAUCGGUGAUAAUAUAUAAGAGCUCACCAUCAUGACAGCGUCAGUGUUAAAUCUACAUCACACAGAGAAGAGGAAUUCACUGUUGAACACAGAAGGACAACAGCCUGGUCAUGUCGGCCUAGCCACGCUUCUACAUUAUCUCUAGUAACAACACUAAAGGAAUUCCCUAAAAAGAAACAAUGUCUCUGCAUCGGACGACUAUCCCCGACCCCGGUCCCCGCACUACUGAAAUAGUGUCUGAAACUGACAGGGAAAAACAUAUUCUACUGCAAAUGCUGGAUCUGCACAGGGAAAAAGUGUCACCUCUGGAUCUUACAACACUAUUGUAUAUCACCACUCCAAGCACUGAAGAUGAAUUUCCCCAGGACCCAACAGAGCUCUCAAAUGCCUUCCUCCGGCGACUCUGGCUGUAUAAUCCCCAAGCCCGUAACACCGGCUGUAAGAACGUGGCAGGAGCCUACGGAUUAAAUGUGGAAGAAAACACACAGUGUGCUAUCAAUCCUUUGGACUUGGUUGCUGCCGUGUACAUGACCACAAAUAGUUUCCUACGACGAGAGAUCACCUACCGAAUGCUGCAGUGUAACUUGGCAGUGCCUCUGUAUCUUCCACCUGUUUAUCCAGAAAAGAUGGGAACUGUCCUCCUGUGUCCUUUUAGAGAUGUUUUAGGUCAGUGGAAGUCACCAUCUGAGGGUUGUAACAUGAAGAACAUGGCCAAUUCUAGGAUGCCGUUUCUCUCUGCAGUGAGGCUAGGUUACUGCAGCGUCUCAAAAUCUCGAGUACUUAACCAUGUGCUUGGGGGUCCACACGAGCUAAAUCAAUGCUUUGUAAACAGUGACAUGGAAGGAGGGCAGCUGCCUCGAGUCCUCUCAGAUGGAAUGGUGGAGGUGUGCUGGAAUCUGACUUCAGGGGAUAAUCGUGAUAGUGUCUUUCCUUGUCCUGUGCUAGUAGCUAAUCUCCGUGGGGAUGCCGCCAAUUACGACAAACAGACAAGUCUUCUGUGCUAUACGUCUGCAGUCCUCGUAGUGUUCUGUGGAAGCUUUGGUGCCAUGGAGCGAGAACUGCUUGCCUUGUGGAGGGACAGUACAAGUCACAUGAUUCUAAUCGACUGCUCAAUGCCAAUGGAAGAGGAUGGUCAGGGGGACUAUACUGAGAAAGUUAAGCAGAGGCUGGUGAAAGAUUUAGAACUCCCUGAUGAAAUGUUGAUUUCUGGCUGUGAUGGUCAUGAGGAAAGGAUUGCUGACAGCCUUAGAGAUGUUCUGAAUCACCUUAUUCCACACCUGCACACUGCAAACCUUGUUGGGACAGCAGGUAUGGCCAAUGAUCUCAACAUGAACGUUGACGAAGAUCAUAUCUGUCGAAUGGCAUUCAGAGAAGUUGAAGAGGUCUUGAGUGGAAUCGAAGAUGGGGUGUCCACAUUUUUGGAGAACCAGCUGCCCCUGCAGGGUGCAGUGUGGAAACAGUUGUGUCAGCUGGAGAAGAAUGAAGGACGCCGUCAGCUACACACAUCCCAGGGCUUAACAGAAGAAAAGGAAGUUCUUAUUAAACAUCUGCUUGAUUAUAAAUUAACAACAGCCAUGAGAGCAUUCAUGGGAGCUCUGUGUACAUUUGACACGACCCAGCGGGCAUUUUUCCUGUCUUGGAUGAAAGUGAAACUUGAAGUUAUGCAGUUGGACAAACUGUCCCAACUUAGGGAAACAGAUGGGGAAGAGAUGCAAGAACAUUGCAUUGGACUUGAACACUUCCUUCGGGAGAUGGGACUAGUCUACGAACGAUAUUUCCGUGGCCCAAACAGUGACUUGUACGACAUGUUUCGCUUACCAUAUGUAGGUGCUGAACUACUCCUUUAUGGAGUUCCAAUUGAACUUUAUGAUGGUGAUGCCUCCGCUUUCCCCUUUAACUGGGUUUACAGCGUUCUUUAUGAGGUACACAAGCAGCUGCCAAAGUCAAGUCGAAUGAGAGUUUUGACAAUCUUAGGUUUCCACAACUCAAAGAACGCAGAGGUUUUAUCCGCAAUGUUUGGUGUGAACUUCCCGAAGUGGGGCAGAAGACAUAUCAAAGGGGCAUACAUGCUUCUCCUAACCCUGCCUGACAACCUCAGAAUGGAGAUGGACUGUGAGUUUCUAAUGCUGAUUGGCACAGAAGGUUUGAACCGCCAAGGUGCACCACAAUCAGAAAGAAGUCUUGUUCAUGACAGUGAACUGGCUACUUUUGUCAGUGGACUGAGUGAUGUUACGCUGGUAAAUUUCCCCAAUGAGCUUGAAGGUGAAACAAGAGGCAACCUUCAAAUUGCUGUCAAUGCUCUUCUCUGCACAAAAGAUUUUGAGAGGAAGACUACCUUUCUGGUUGCUUCAGAGGGUGAAGGAAUGGAUGGAAAAGUCAUGAGUUAUGUAAUUGAUUUACUGGCCACAGGACAGUCCCUGGAGGAAUCGAAAAAAAUUGGUAUAAGCCACAACCUGACCAGUCCAUGGACCAACAACUUUGUGACUACACAAAAUGAUCGAAGCUACAGUGAUGCAGUUCUUGGGCUAAAGCAAAGCCUGUUGGCUAUGUUCCAUGAAAAAGCAACAAAAGGCCAGCCAACCUGCUUGGGUUCAUUUAUGGAGCAUAUGUGCAACUUGUGGGAGUCUGUAAAAAAUGAAAACGUUGCCAUAAAGUUUGGAGACACAAGGACAGCCGAUCCCAUUAUUGGCCUCUGUGCAACACUCGCACAGGGUAAGAAACAGCUCACUGACCAAAUGGAUAGCUGGGUUCAAGGGUUGGACUAUCAUAUAACAGAUUUAAAAGAAUCAGCAUCACAAUAUGGAGAAACCUUGAAUUCAGAUGGCAUAGUGAGAAUCUUAAAAGAAGAAGCAACUAUCAAAAUAAAAACAGAAGGAGACAACAUGAGAACAAGUCUCUGGGAGUACAUCAGGCAGAAGGAUAUUGAUAUUGCACACGUGGACAAGUACAGAGCAAUGCUGCUAAACAAAGUAGGCUUAAUUCAAGAGCAAUUGAAAGCUGAUGUUUUUACAAAAAUAGAGUCUGCAACCAUCCAGCACAGCUUAAAAAUUGAGACACAACCCUUGUUUACAGCACUUGAAUCAGCCCUGGAGGUCAAGAUAUCCUCACUCCUGCAAACCUGCAAAAACACUGACCAGGUGAUUCAGAACAAAGAGCUUGAACGGGAAUUUGUUAGCGUUUGGGAAAACCUUCCAUCACACAUGCGGGAUUUCCGUCUAGAGACGCAAGAAAUCUUAGUUAGGAUGGCGGAGAAGCUAAAGGAAAACUUAAGCUAUCGUGGUCUGAAAAAGCAAAAUGUUAAACUCUGGAAUGCAAACCAACUGAAUGGCUUUACAGUGAGGAAUGCACAUUUUGCUCUUAACAGCAAGAUGAAGAAAACCCUGAAAUACAAUAAAGACGUUGCACAAAGAUUCACCAACAAUUUGGUAGAGGACUGUGACAGGAGAGUCUCAGACAAAUUGAGUCACAAUGAGGGCUACUCAGACACUUACAUGAGAGAAUUACUUGCAACUGUAGACAAGGGCCUAGAAGUUUUAAAAAUGGAGCCAUUCAACCUAAAGCCCAAAUAUGAAGUGGAAAUAAAAGGAUACAUUUGCAGUAAAGCAGCUAAGUCUUUUCAAGAAAUGCAGGACUCAGUCAUAAGGGAAAAUGAAAUGAAAGAGAGAUUUCUCAGUGAGACCAAGGACAAACAUAGGAAGAAUUUCAUUGAUCAAUUCCGAAAAAGGGAGCAAUGUCAAAAGGCAGCUGAAGCUUUCACCAACCAGUGCCUCAAACCGACUGCUGAAGACUUCAUUUAUAGCAGCUUAGAGCAACAGAUAUUCGAUGAUAUGCUCCAGAAGAAAAAUGCACAACUUUAUAGCUCACCAAAGAAGUUUCAUUAUGGUCUUCUUAGAGACAUGCUGCUAAAGCACAGCUUUGAAAAUUUCCAUGAAUACCUGCAGUCCCGUGACAAUUUCAGUCGAAAGACUAUAGAGAACUUUAUCACAAAACAUCUGUCAGGUUCUGUUAUGAUAGAAGACCGCAGGGUACAGCGAAUGCAGCAAAUCUUUGAAUGGAUGAAGAAGAGCAUUGUUCAGGCAUCUGAAAACAGCCGUGGGGAACAACGCAGUGUUAGACAAUUACUGGAAGAAAUCUGCAUCAACUUGGAGAGUCUAGGAAAAAUCACUGUGCCAACACAAAUCAUGGAAAGAUCUUUGUUUGACCUAACUACACAUCAUGACCACUUCCUUGCAAACCUACAGGAAUCGGUCUCUGAUUUAUCUGCAUCAAUUGCUCAUGAAUUUAUGGAAAACGAGGAGGUCAUUGAAGUCCCUGAUGACCUCCCAAAAAAACUUCAAGACAUGCUAUAUGAAAGAGUGAAAGGUUGCGAUAAGUGCUGUCCUUUCUGCAAAGCUCCAUGUGACAUGGGAGAAACAGAACAUAAAGUGCACCAAGCCGUCGUGCAUCGACCCAAAGGUCUCGUGUGUUACACCAAUGCCAACUCCACCACUCUUUCUCACAGCACUUGCUCGGCAGAUAUCGUUGGACAAAACCAAUUUCAAAACAGACACACGAAGGGCAUGUCUUUGCCCUUUAAGGAGUACCAGUCUAUCUAUCCAGACUGGAACAUUUCACCUGAGGAUCCCAGGAAUAUAGGGCCAGCAUUGUACUGGAGAUAUGUGUUCAUGAGGUUCAACAGCAGAUUUGCUAACAAGUAUCAAUGUGCACCUGCAAUGUUACCUGAAGCUUGGGGGAAAAUCACUCAGAUGGAGGCCUUACAGAGCCUGAAAGAGGCCUUUGAAAUCACAGAGUGAUUAAAAAGUGAACCAUUAGCACAACCAUUAUUAUGACCAAGCCUUUGAUUUUUAUUAUUUCACUUUGCUUGAUUAAACAUAAAUUGCAUACACUAUUAAAGUUAAAACACUUUUCUAGAAUUAUUAGAACUUCCUAUUAUAUUUGCCCCUUAAAAUGUUCAUAAGUUAGAUCUCAGAUAUAUUCACUCAUUUCUUUAUUAUUAUACAGAGAAUGUCUUGACUCUAUAUCUGACACUGUUAUUUCAUUAUAAUCUUGUUCUGAUACAUAGAUUACAAAUAAAAUAA